AUCCUCCCAGCUGCACCAAACGAGGGUCUUCAUGGACAGGUCCGGCAAUCCUACGACCUACAUGGACGGUCCCCACAACGUUCGGCUGAUGAUGCCUCAGCCGAUCCCGCCACCUGAGUCGUCCUAUGCUUUACGAAAGGGACUAUGGGGCUCGGAAGGCUAUCAAGGGCUCUGCGAGCGACCGCGUCCCGUACCGAACGAGUGAGGCAGGCCCCUGUCGGACCGAGGCCGCAUGACAUGAUCCUUUCCUACAGACAUCGC